AUGGCGGUCCUGCGCCCGCGGUCUGCGAUCGUUGCUGGCCUCGCCCUUUUCUUCCUGUUAUUUGUGACCUUCACCCACCGCAGUGGCUUGAGCGUCUCCCUUGCCCCUAUUUCUCUCGAGCUCGGAACGCCUACCCUUCCGCCGACACCACCACCACCCGGUGGCCCUUCAACAGCGAAGUAUAGACAUAAACCCGAACGGGUAUACGAUCAGCCUCCAGUCGUCGACAACUUCCCCGUCGCCGCUGCCGCGCACUCUGCGGCAGACCUGCCGCCAAUCCCGCCAUGGAACACCCCGCCAAAUCCCCAUGUCGCCGAGAACACGCCGCUCUUUAUAGGAUUUACGAGGAAUUGGCUAUUGCUUCAACAGACGGUCGUUUCUUAUAUCACGGCUGGGUGGCCGCCGGAGGACAUUUAUGUGGUCGAGAACACCGGGACCAUGCAGUCGAAUCAGAGGGGGCUGCUAGGGCUCCAGAACCCCUUCUUCUUGAACUAUACCAGGCUGGGCAUGUUGGGAGUCAAUGUGGUCCCGACACCGACCUUGUUUACCUUCGCUCAGAUGCAGAACUUCUUCUUGUAUACUGCCAUCGAGAGGAAGUGGGCUAGCUAUUUCUGGGGACAUAUGGACGUUGUGGUACUGCCGUUCGAGGAGAACUAUUCGACUUCACACGAGGGGGAGAACUCUGGAUACAAGUCCUUGUAUGUGUUGGCAGUUGAGGGUUUGCGAAAUGCUACAUCAGGGCACGAUAUCCACUCUACAGACCCCUCGAAGACGUGGGCCCUCCGAUUCUUCUCCUACGAUCGGCUUGCGCUUGUUAAUACUGCUGCCUUUGAAGCAGUGGGCGGUUGGGAUGCUGCUAUUCCUUACUACAAUACUGAUUGCGAUAUGCAUGAGAGGUUGAAGAUGUAUGGGUAUGAGUUGGGCGAUGGGGACGUUCAGGCUGGUAGGGUAUUCGAUGUGGCCGACAGCAUGGAUGAUUUGAUAUACCUAUACCGAACGGCUGGGGUCGAACCGAGCUUUGUGUUUAAAGGGCAGGCCGAAGAGGAAGAGCAAGAGGCCGAGAAGGAAAAGCAAGCCGCAGUCGAAGAGGCAAGUAGAUUGAUGGCCGCUACCAAAGCGGCUGCAAGUCCAGUACUACGUGCCCGCGACAAAGAGACCGCGCAAAACUGGGUUUCGGAUACAGCGAACUCACCCACGUUCGCAAAGCUUCGGAUCAUUGUGCAGAAAAUGGAGAAGCACAAGGCUCAUUUUGGCGGUGGUGGACGGCUCUACUGGCAGGUCCGACAGCACGGAGGCCAGCAAGAGCCGUAUUAUCGGGACCCGGAUGGUUUUCAAAGAGGGAUAGAGCUGAUGCAAGAUGUAGGGAGGAAUGUUUACGCCGAGAAGUGGGGACACAGAGAGUGUAACUUGGUUGACGUGGGAAGGAAGAAAGGGGAUGAAUGGAGGAUGGAGAAGGACUGGGAAUAUACUUGUAAUCGCGUCCUGUCAGCUCCACUCGCCUUUUAUGUGCACCAUCAACCAGACUGCAUAUCCUCUCAAAGCAAAAACCAGUGGCUGGAUGGGCGAUACGGACCCGAAAAUGGGGCCGGGGAUGGUGGUGCCUACGAUACGAUUGGAGGCGGCCAGAGCCUCUUAUCGUAUGAUGAGGAGUUGAAGAGGUUGGUGGGAGUUCAAAGCCUGAAAGGGGUGACGAUUAAGGCAUGCACUCUGGAGGCUGGAAAUGCGAGAAGAAUUCCGUAA